AUGGCAUUAUCAACAACGGCCACCUCUACAUCGCGGGAGCAUUCCCUUGAGCAGGCAGACCCAGUCAGGCAGCAGGAACACUCUACAGCUCCAUCAAACGACUCUUCACAGAAAUAUACCCAUGAUGUCAAGCAACAGCCAACUGAUCAAGUCUCAACUGAGGAAGAGCACAAAUGGGUUACUGGCGUCCCGCUCAUCACCAUCAUGGGUGCUAUAUGCCUCGUGUGUUUUCUCAUGUUGCUGGACAUAUCUAUCAUUGUUACGGCCAUUCCCCAGAUUACGAGCGACUUCAGCUCACUUCAGGAUGUGGGUUGGUAUGGUAGUGCUUUCCAGCUGGCAAGCGCCGCUCUUCUCCCCCUGACGGGAAGCUUGUACGUCAACUUCGACUCCAAGUGGACUUUCCUUGCCUUUUUCGCCGUCUUCGAAUUGGGCUCCCUCCUCUGCGGCGUGGCUACAUCCUCGGAAAUGUUGAUUGUGGGGCGAGCAGUGGCAGGAAUGGGAACUUCGGGCAUUCAGAACGGUGCUUUCACCAUCAUUGCUGAAUGCGUCCCCAUGCCGAAACGACCAGCUCUGAUUGGAUUUGUCAUGGGUGUUUCACAACUCGGUCUGGUCGUUGGGCCCUUGGUUGGAGGAGCAUUCACAGAGUACACGACAUGGCGGUGGUGCUUCUACAUAAAUCUGCCCAUUGGUGGCCUCGUUGCGGCAGCGCUCUUUUUCGUCAAAGUCCCUAGGCCGGUCGCAAAGCCCAAAGCCCUAACGGUUUUCCGCACACUCCCGAAAAAGCUUGAUCUCCUUGGCUUCGCAAUCUUUGCACCGGCUGCCAUCCAAUUGCUGCUCGCUCUCCAGUAUGGUGGCAAUCAGUUCGCAUGGAACAGUGCGACCAUCAUCGGACUCUUUUGCGGUGCAGGCGCCACAUUUGUUGUUUUUGUAGCGUGGGAGUACUACAAGGGUGAUGCGGCCAUGAUUCCCUUGCCGAUGCUCGGUAAGAGGACUGUGUGGGCGAGUAGCUUGGUAUAUGGUUUCUUGAUGAGCCAGAUGUUCACAACAUCUUAUUAUCUGCCGAUCUACUUCCAAGGGGUCAAGGACGUGUCUCCGACACUCAGUGGUGUUUAUCUCCUUCCGAUGAUUCUGAGUCAGCUUUUCCUUGCCAUCGGCGCCGGGACACUGGUUGGAAAGCUAGGCUACUAUCUUCCAUUCAGUCUCCUCAGCGGGGUGCUCCUAGCUAUUGGGAAUGGUCUCGUGUCUACAUUUACCCCAGGCACCUCAACAGGAAGGUGGAUUGGUUACCAGAUCCUCUUAGGAGCUGGUGGCGGGGUCGGACUGCAGAUGCCCAUCAUCGCCGUCCAAAAUACCCUCCCACCCCAGCAAAUCCCCAUCGCCAUGGCUCUGAUCAUGUUCAGCCAGACAUUUGGCGGAGCCAUGUUCCUUAGCUUUUCUGCCACGAUUUUUACCAACAGUCUGAACUCUUUGAUAGCGCAAUAUGCACCUCUGGUUGAUCCCGAGACCAUAAUUGCCGCUGGCGCGACCGGGUUCUGGAACGUCGUCUCAGGAGAUGAUCUGGCCAAUGUGUUGGUGGCUUAUGCGGAAAGUGUGGCCCGUGUAUUCUAUCUGACUGCAAGCGCAGGUGUUUGCUGCUUUGUCUUUGCGUGGGGAAUGGGCUGGAAGGAUAUUCGCAACAAGGAGAACGAGGCUUCAAAAGUCUAG